AUGAUUGCUGCAGAGAGCACAACUUAUGAAUCGCCGAUAGUGGGCUCAAUUUAUACUACCAAUUAUGACACGAACAAUGCCCAACAAGACAUCAAUGACCUGGUCGAAGUAAUCGACUCAAACGAUGAAGAAGACCAAGCAGACAAUCCGGUUAAAAUGGAAUUAUUGGAAGCGCUCUCUUCCGUUCAGUACGAUGACCAUGACGUACCGCCACCUGAACUUAACGAUGUUGGUCAAACUGACGAGGAUGGAAGCUACACUGAUGACAUGCAAAACAUGAAUGGAACGAAAGUCGUUGAUGGUGCCAAUGGUGCCAAAAUCAUAGGAAGAUCAACGAAGACUGAAAGAAAACGGGAUGCGUCAGGUUCGAUUGCAAAAUCUUCACCGAAUGAAAAAUCGAUUUCUUCAAAGCAGUCGAAAGGGAAGAAACAAUACAAGUGCCAACAUUGUGAAUAUUUCAGCAACCACAAGGGGCAUUUCAAUCGUCAUAUGCGUACUCACACAGGCGAGAAACCAUAUAGAUGUGAUAUUUGCCAAAAAGGAUUCACCGAAGCAAAAGGCAUUAAGAGGCACAAAGUGACUCACACUAAUGAAAUCCCGUUCCAUUGUCGAGGUUGUUUCACUGGAUUUUCGCAGAAGACCGACCAAGAAGUCCAUGAAAAAGUAUGCAAAUCACGUCGAUAUGAAUGCCAUAUCUGCAAAAAGUAUGUCACUACCAACAAAAAUGAUUUCAAAAGACAUAUGCGAACGCACAACGGUGAAAAACCGUAUGGAUGCGAGAUUUGCAUGAAGCGUUUCACACAGAAAGGCAGUUUGAAGGCUCAUUUGGAAUACCAUCCACACUAG